ACCAAUCCCGACGCGAGUCACCUCAGAACACGAGGCGGAACUUCCCAUCCCGUCCGUCCUCCCCACCUCGGGUCCUCUGCCUCUUCCUCCGCUCCUCGUCGCCGUGUCCGCUCCCCGUCCACACGCUCCGACCCGGUCCGAAUCCGCCCCGUCCGCGGACCAGAUCCGGCGCCCGCGACCAUGGCGACGCGCAGGCGAAUGCUCCUCAAGGUCAUCAUCCUCGGCGACAGCGGGGUCGGCAAGACCUCGCUGAUGAACCAGUACGUCAACAACAGGUUCAGCAACCAGUACAAGGCUACCAUCGGCGCGGAUUUCCUAACCAAGGAGGUCCAGAUCGACGACCGCCUCUUCACAUUGCAGAUAUGGGAUACGGCAGGACAGGAGCGGUUUCAAAGUCUUGGUGUGGCAUUUUAUCGGGGAGCUGACUGCUGUGUUCUCGUAUACGAUGUCAAUGUAACCAAGUCAUUUGAAAGGCUCAACAACUGGCGUGAGGAAUUCCUAAUUCAAGCUAGCCCAUCAGAUCCAGAGAAUUUCCCAUUUGUUGUGCUUGGGAACAAGAUUGACGUUGAUGGUGGUAACAGCCGGACGGUUUCUGAGAAAAAGGCUAAAGCAUGGUGUGCUUCAAAGGGAAACAUCCCCUACUUUGAGACGUCGGCUAAAGAGGGCUUCAAUGUAGAGGCUGCAUUUGAGUGUAUAGCGAGGAAUGCUGUAAAAAAUGAGCCAGAAGAAGAUAUGUAUCUUCCUGAUACGAUUGAUGUUGGGGGCGCUGGAAGGCAACAACGUUCGUCAGGUUGUGAAUGCUAGAAGAUAUGGAGCACAGCGAUUUGCUCGGUUGGUUGGUUUGAUUCUCUAGGGCUUGUUGUUUGGGACAUAUAUUAUAUAUUUAGUUUGCAAAACUGCUAUUUGUGGAUACUGGAUAGUCUGGCAAUCUGCAUGGGGGUGCUUAUUGUCGACUCCCCUAUGUAGAUGCAGAGAAUUCAUUUGUAACUGCUGUUUCAGUGCUGUAUCGGCGCUAGAUGCUAGUGUUGUAAUGCUUUGAUUGUUGAUGAAUUGCAUAUAUGUAUGUUUUGGUUAGUAUUGCUGUAAAUGAACUGAACAUAGUGCCCAUUUUGAUAGUGUUGGUUCGUUGGUUUGACAGUGUUUUAA